UUCACGUUCAACUAAGCCAGGCGUCCCUUUGUGGUGAUCGCUAAAAUACUCCCAGCCGGUGUGAUCAAGAAUCUGAAAAGCAAAAUGCAAACCUCACUCUACCUCCUCACUGAAACUGCGAAAUAUCUCAGUGGUGGGGAUACCCCGAUGGCGAAAGAAUGCAAACGACUGAGAGACGAGAACAAGUUUCCUGAACCACUCCUAAGCGACAAAGCCAACCCAAAAAGUCUCGUGCGCAAAUACCUUACUCGGGAAUUGUUCGAGUCCCUAAAGGACAAGAAGACGCCUCGAGGGGUGACACUAUGGGACUGCAUUAACUCCGGAGUCGAAAACCUGGACUCUGGCACUGGUGUCUAUGCUGGGGACGAAGAGAGCUACAAAGAGUUUGCAGAACUUUUUGAUAAAAUCAUCGAGGAUUACCAUUCUCCGUACAAGCUUGCAGAUGGUCAUGUUUCUGACAUGAACCCAGAGAAAAUUGAUGCACCAAACGUGGAUCCUGAGAAUAAGUUUAUACGAUCUACACGUAUUCGUGUUGCGAGGAAUCUCAAGGGGUAUGGCCUGACACCCACUCUUGGAAAAGAAGAACGGAAAGAAUUGGAGAAAAAGGUGGUAGACGUUCUGAACUCCUUGACUGGUGACUUGGCUGGGACAUAUUACCCACUUUCUGGCAUGGAUGAGAAGACAAGGCAACAACUUGUAGAUGACCAUUUCUUGUUCAAGAAAGGGGAUCGCUUCUUGGAAGCUGCUGGCAUUAACAAGGAAUGGCCUGAAGGAAGAGGAAUCUACCACAACAAUGACAAGACCUUCCUUGUAUGGGUCAAUGAAGAAGAUCAGCUUCGUAUCAUCAGCAUGGAGAAAGGAAGCGAUAUUGGAUCAGUGUUUAGCAGACUUUGCCGUGCUGUCAAUGCUGGUGUAUUUGACAUCAGUAACCGUCGACGUCUUGGUCUGUCUGAAGUACAAUGUGUACAAGACAUGUACAAUGGAGUCAAGAAAUUGUUGGAGAUCGAAAACGCUGAAAAACAAUUUGACCCUGACAAGUUUCCCGAAGUUCUCAACAAUCCAGAAGUGAAGUCCCUCCUGAAAAAGCAUCUCAGUCAAGAGAUCUUUAAUGAACUGAAAGAUAAAAAGACUUCCAAUGGAGUAACUCUACUUCAAUGCAUCAAUUCUGGUCUUCAAAAUUUGGACUCAUCCACAGGCGUCUAUGCAGGAGACGAGGAAAGCUACACUCUCUUUGCUCCGAUGUUCGACAAGAUCAUCGAGGAUUACCACUCGCCGUACAAACUUGCCAACAAACAUACUUCUGAUAUGAACCCGGAGAAGGUAGAAGCGCCUGAUCUUGAUGCCGAUGGCUUUUUCAUUAGAUCAACGAGAAUACGUGUUGCUCGUAACCUUAAAGGAUACGCACUGACACCGGCCGUAUCAAAGGAAGCUCGAAUUGAAAUCGAAAAAAAGGUUACUGGUGUAUUAAACAGCUUGACCGGUGAUCUGUCUGGGACGUAUUACCCAUUACAAGGAAUGAGUGAAGAUGUUCGAGAACAACUCGUCCAGGAUCAUUUCCUCUUUAAGAAAGGUGAUAGAUUUUUAGAAGCUGCUGGAGUCAACAAGGAGUGGCCUGAAGGAAGAGGAAUCUUCCACAACAAUGACAAGACCUUCCUCGUAUGGGUCAAUGAAGAAGAUCAGCUUCGUAUCAUCAGCCGUGGUAUCCAUGGUGAACACUCAGUGUCUACUGGAGAAGAUGCUGGUGUAUUUGACAUCAGUAACCGUCGACGUCUUGGUCUGUCUGAAGUACAGUGUGUACAAGACAUGUACAAUGGAGUCAAGAAACUAUUGGAGAUUGAGCAGGCAGCAAUACAGGAAAAACGAUCCAAAUUUCCUGCAGGCCUCAAAGACGAAUCAGUGAAGUCUCUCCUAAAGAAAUAUUUAACCGAAGAAAUGUUCACCGCCUUGAAAGACAAGAAAACCUCCCGUGGCUCGACCCUGUACGACUGCAUCAACUCGGGCGUUGAGAACCUGGAUUCAAGCUGUGGUGUCUACGCAUGUGACGAAGAAUGUUACGAAAUGUUCAGUGAUCUCUUCAAUGCUGUUAUAGAGGACUACCACGGGCCCUACAAACUCGCAGACAAGCACGUCUCCGAUAUGAGUCCAGAAAAAGUUGACGCCCCUAAUUUGGACUCGGAAGGAAAAUUCAUCCGAUCAACUCGUAUUCGAGUGGCCAGGAAUGUGAAGGGAUUUGCACUCGCACCUGGACUGGCGAGUAAGGAGAGGGUGGAACUUGAAGAGAAGAUUGUAAAGGUGCUGGCAUCUUUGACUGGUGAUUUGGCAGGGAAAUAUUACCCACUGUCUGGCAUGGAUGAGAAGACGAGGAAACAACUGGUUGACGAUCAUUUCUUGUUCAAGAAAGGGGAUCGCUUCUUGGAAGCUGCUGGAAUCAAUAAGCAGUGGCCUGAAGGAAGAGGAAUCUUCCACAACAAUGACAAGACCUUCCUCGUAUGGGAAGAUGCUGGUGUAUUUGACAUCAGUAACCGUCGACGUCUUGGUCUGUCUGAAGUACAAUGUGUACAAGACAUGUACAAUGGAGUCAAGAAACUGAUGGAGAUUGAACAGGCUUAGUACAAUUAAUAAAGAAAGUCAAUUCUGAGCUAUCUUAGCUGACAUGUAGGAAAGUAAGGAUAGUUGGCUGUUGGACUAAGGUUCGAAAUAGAGCUUUUACUUCCUAGUUAACAAAGUUUUAUUCUAUAGUUUUGAAGGUAGAAUUGGACUGAAAGGAUUYUUGCAGGGAAUGCUUUCCAAGGGAAUUUGUAAACAUAUUUGAAUUAUGCUGAAAUCAAGUGCCCCUUACGCCUAACUCAAUAUUUUCAGUAUUGAUUCUACUUGAAGUUAAUAGUUGAAUGGUAAAAUGUUUUUAAAAAAAAUGAUUUUAGUGAUGCAUCAAACCUCAAGAUUUAAUUUUUUUCAAAAUAUUAAUGCAUGUGAUGUCAUAGGAGGCAUUCAUUAAAAUAUACAAAACUUUUCUGGGUCAGUAAAACUUCCUGUAUAAAACAUAAUUGUCUCACUUUAGGUUAUUGAAAAUUUUUUCUCAUGGUAAUCAGUGUUUCUAUUUACAAAUGAUGCUAAAUAAACUCAAAUGCUUCCUAUGCCAUCACACUCAUUAACAUAUUGCAAGUAUAAACCUUGAAAUCUCCAAGAUACAUCACUCAAAUGAUAUAAAAAAUAAUUUGCCAUUCAACUAUUCACUUCAUGUAAAAUCAUAGUAAGUUGUUUUCGUUAGGUAUAAAUCCCUAACAUGAAUGAUCUUUUCUACGUACGCCAAGACGACAAAUAAAUCUUCUUCUUCAUGUAAAAUCAAUAUUGAACUUAUUGAGUUAGGGUUUAUAGGCACUUUAAUAGUAACAAACAUGGUUUGAAGUUUGAAAUGGUAUAUUAAGAGCGGUAUCCACAUCUAUAUAUAAAAGAAUUUUCAGUUUUGCAACUGCUAGAUCAUUAAACUGGGCCAAGUUAUGGAAUAUCUCGCAUAUACAUUGCCGAAAUGAGUCCGAAACUUUCGUCUAGUUCAAGUGCUAUACUGGUGUGAAAAUGUGUGAAUAAAAAAAUAUUAAAGAAAACAA